AAUCACAGCGAUGCUGGCGACGACGCCUUCAGCUGCCAUAAGCUGCAGGAGUCGCUGCUCAGCUCCAGUAGCGGCUACAGCAACUACAGAGGAAUCCUCAACUGGUGUGUGGUCAUGCUGGUGAUACUCAACUUAAACUUAGUGGUUGUGAACUUAAUCAGAUAUGGCAUUCUGGUGGACCCCAUCCAGAUCAUCUCUCUCUUCCUGAAGGACCCGUACAGCUGGCCGGCUCUGUGCCUGAUCAUUGUUUCCAAUGGCUUUAUAAUGGCAGCUUUGUACAUAGAGAGAAAGCUAUCCGUGGGCAGCAUCUCAGAGGGCACCGGAUCAUUCCUUCAUGGCAUCAAUCUUUCAGCUCUGUUAUUUGUCCCAGCCGGUACAGUUCUCAGCCUGACCUCUAUAACCCCAGUGGGUGGUGUUCUGGCGUUGAGUGUCUUCACCAUUCUCUUCCUGAAGCUGUAUUCAUACAGAGACGUCAACAAAUGGUGCAGAGAGAUCAGACACGCCAAAGCCCGAACCCUGUCCCGCUCUCACUCCUGCCCGUCUGUGCACAAAGCCAACGGCACGACCGGAUACACACACGUGAGCUAUCCAGCAAACCUCACACACAGAGACAUUUAUUAUUUUAUUUUCGUUCCAACUCUGUGUUACGAGCUGAACUUCGCGCGCUCUCCACGGAUACGGAAGCGUUUCUUACUGCGCCGACUGCUUGAGAUGGUGUUUUUAAUGCAGUUGAUGCUGGGAUUAAUACAGCAGUGGAUGGUUCCAACGAUUCAGAACUCAAUGAAACCCUUUCAGGACAUGGAUUUCACUAGAAUCAUUGAACGUCUGCUGAAGCUCGCUGUGCCCAAUCAUUUCAUCUGGCUCAUCUUUUUCUAUUGGUAUUUCCACUCCUCUAUGAACUUCGUAGCUGAGCUCAUGCUGUUCGGAGACCGCGAGUUUUACCGCGAUUGGUGGAACUCUGAAACGAUUCCGUAUUUUUGGUCGAACUGGAACAUUCCUGUUCACAAGUGGUGCCUACGACACUUUUAUAAGCCCAUGUUGGUGAAAGGAGUAAAUAAGUUUGCAGCUCAGUUAGCCGUGUUCUUCCUGUCGGCAUUUUUCCAUGAGUAUUUAGUGAGUGUCCCUCUAAAGAUGUUUCGGCUCUGGGCGUUUCUGGGAAUGAUGGCACAGAUCCCGCUCGCCUAUUUUGUGGGCCGAUUCUUGAGGGGAAACUACGGCAACGCCGCCGUCUGGAUGUCGCUGAUCAUCGGCCAGCCGAUCGCCGUGCUCAUGUACGUCCACGACUAUUACGUGCUGCAUUAUGGGAGUGCGGCGGAAGGCGUCGCCGCAUGACAAAACCAUAUCUGCAAUAACCGAGAUGUUGAAUGUAAAAACAAUGCAAAAAUUUAGAAGGGAAAUAUUAGAUUUUUAACAGACUUCAGCCCAAAUCAAAUGUGAUCCGAAAGACUUGAGCAGGUGUGUUUUAUAAGGUGCAAUCUAAUGUUAACACCACCGGGCCAAAGCAGCACAUCAUUGCAAUGCCUUCUCACUAAUGUUUCACGCUUGACAUUUUCAUACCAAGAUGAUCCAUUCAAAGAGGCGCAAAAUCGAAAGUGUUUGUAUUCUUCCGAAUGCAUUACAGAAGGGAACUCAUUUGUGUCUGUAAUUUAAAUGUAAUCUUUUUUUUUUAUUCUUUGUGCUGUUGCUUUGGUGGUGUGAUUGACUGAAUCUGUGAGUUUUUGCACUUUAUUCAGAAAUGCAUGACGUUUGUCAACCUUUUAAAGGCUAAUUUGAAGAAUGUAACUGCUUUUAUGUUGAUUUCAAUACUUGCUGAUCAAUUUUAGUUUCUGAAAAGAGACGUAUAAAUACAUUAUAUCAACAUUGUACAUGAAUCUGGGAAAUUGUUAAAGCCAAAAUUUUAUGUUGUGCCAUUUAAAUUGCCAGCAGUGUUAUUUAAAUGGGAUUUAAUGGGAUUCAAGCACCAAUAGGGCCAAGAAAGAUGUAAGAUGUCCUAGAUAACGAUAUAACUGUUUCACAGAGGAACGAUAUCGUUGAAACCAUCACAGCCUAUCAGAAUCCAUCCUAACUUGAACAAGCGCAAACAUUUAAAGCGGCAGAUGACGUUAUGGUCUGUUUGCGUGGACACACUCUAAAAAAUGAUGGGUUGUUUCAACCCAACUUUG